AUGACUGUAGAUGGCCCAGGAUUUACAGGAGUACACAGUGUGAAGCAGUUCAUUGUUGUUGACUCUGAUUCAGGAACAGUUUUCCCGACUGCAGAGAUGAAGGGAAACAUGAUGAUCUUUGCUUCACUGUGUUUACUCCUUUUCUGUAUGGUGCCUGUAAACUCCAAGCCGAUCCGUUCCACUCCACAAGUUGCCAACCCAAUCGCAUUGGACAUGGCUGUAAAUUCAGUUGAUGAUAUGAACUUUGGCUGCACUGAAACAAUGAUGGACAAGGUCACGAAAGAAUAUUUUCAAAAAGAAAGAGCUGCCUGGCAAAUGGAUACAGAUGUAAACCGAUGUAUUGAAAAGAAUUCAAAAGCUAAGGCUCUAACCAGAUAUCACAUAGAAGCAAUCUGUGCUUAUACAAGUGAUAGGGUGUACAAAAGCUUUAAUGAGGAAGUUCGAACAAAAAGGGGAGACUAUGGCUCCUCAUUCCAAUUCCACUCUUUACAUUUCCUGCUGACAUCUGCCAUACAGAUCUCGAAUAAUAACUACUAUUGUCAAACAGUUUACAGACGAACCAGAGUUGAGUUUACUGGAGAAGUGAACCAAAUUAUUCGCUUUGGUCAAUUUGCCUCCAGCUCUCUCAAGACAAACUUGGUCAACUUCGGUAAGAAGACCUGCUUUAAAAUUGAAACAUGUUCAGGUGCCUUUUUGGGAAACUAUUCAGUGUUUUCUCACGAGGCAGAAGUACUCAUCCCCCCUUAUGAGAUGUUCAACAUAACUGAGAAAAUUACUGAUCAGUCAGAAGUCAAAAUGCAAGGUCUGGAAGAUUGCGAAGUUGUCUAUGUCUUGAAGAGUGUAGGCGGUAAGAGCAAUCUGAAUUGCAAAGUUGUGAAUCUCAUGAGAGUCCAGUGA